AUGGUGGCCUCUGGUCUUCCUAUCCGCAAUGGCAAUCUGCACGCAGGCGAGAUUGCAACCAUGGCCCUAGAGCUGCUCAGUCUCAGCGCUGCCAUGGUAAUUCGACACCUGCCUGAUGUGCCCAUCCUCCUGCGCAUCGGCAUCCACUCGGGGGCAUGCGUGGCUGGUGUCGUUGGAUUAAAAAUGCCACGUUAUUGCCUCUUUGGGGAUACGGUGAAUACCGCGUCCAGAAUGGAAUCCUCAAGUGAAGGUAAGAGCUCAGUGGUGUAA